AUUUUAUUAACGUUGGCUUAACGCAGUUAGCAAGUGUUUUUAAUGCCGGCGACAUCAAACAGUUUACCAAGCAGUCAAAAUACGUCUGCGACCCUCGCGCGCCUCUUUCAUGUUGAAUUCGCGAACUUUUGACCUCUAUUUCAGGAUACCGACAGGAGGCAGGGCAGGUAGGUGGAGACUUAAGCAAAUCCGAAGCACACCUGGACACUUUUAACUUUACACCUGUGCCGUUCGCCACAGAGAAUCUCGCGUUUUAAUUCAUCCAGCUCAAGCCCAUCUCAUGGAUCGCAGCGCGGGGUCUGAUAACCUGCAAUCCCGCGAUACCGCAGAGGACGGCCAGGGCACCGCGGGGGAUGGAGGAGCCGCUCCAGCACCAGAAAAGCCUCCUUAUUCGUACGUGGCUCUCAUUGCAAUGGCCAUCAGAGAAAGCGAGGAGAAGAAGCUGACCCUGAAUGACAUCUACAGCUUUAUCAUAUCCAAGUUUCCAUACUACGAGAAGAACAAAAAGGGAUGGCAGAACAGCAUCAGGCACAAUCUGAGCCUCAACGAGUGCUUCGUGAAGAUUCCCCGGGAGAGUGGCGGGGAGAGGAAGGGGAACUUCUGGACGCUAGACCCAGCGUUUAGCGACAUGUUUGAGAAGGGUAAUUACAGGCGCAGGAGGCGCGUCAAGAGACCCUACCGACCACCACCCUUACCGUCUGGAUUUAACUUCACCGACUCGUACUGCCUGCAACAGGAGCCCGUUUACUGGCAAAGCCCGUUCGUCAGCACCAGCUCCUGGAGCCACCAGUCCUGCUCUCCGACGCACAUCUCCGGCUACCUGCAGCCUAUGCUUGGUAACGCGCGCCCUCUGUCUCCAAACGAUUACGCCAACUCUCCCGUGAGUUAUUACCACGGUCAACACCAUCACCUUCACCCGUCCUACAGACCGUACCACCGGCAUCCGAACGCUCUGGUGCCUCUAAGCGGCAUGACUCCUCCGGUGAGCCCGGGCGGAAGCUCCAUCUCCGCCUGCAGCUACCCGCCGCACAACGGCCAUCCCGAACAGGUGCAUCAUCCGUUUGACUGACGGACAGACACGUGAAAACUGAAUAUAAGUAGGCUGAAAAAUUCAUUUGGAUCUAGAUUUGCUGUUUUUUUGUUACGUUAACCUUUGGAAAUGUUAAACGUGCCGUUUCGGGUCAGACUGGCUGGUUGAAAUUAGGUCGAAAUGUUGCUUUCGCUGCAUUAGUUUGUUUACUGUAUAACUAAUGGGUUUACAGUUGUGUUUUGUGGAUUUUCACGAAUGAUAUAUUGUUACAUUGUUAAACUAUUGUUCACGUAAAAGUCAAGAGACGAAGAGCUGUUCAAAACGCACUUGGUUGUUGGCAAGUUGUCAGUUUCCAUAAAUUUCAGCAAAUGUUUAGAAAGCAUCAAGAUACAUAAGCAUAUUUAUUUUGACCAUGUAUUGAGAUCUUAAAAUGGAUGUACGGUUUGCAUACCGUUUAAAAAUGUUUUAUGAAUAUUUUUUUUUCUAGUGGAAACUCUUGGCACAAGUUGUUUAUAAGAGUUCUUUACAUAUGCAAAGGUGUAUUUUCUUUAAAAAAAAAAAAAAUUAUAUAUAUUUUGUAUAUUGAUAGACAUGUUCAGUGUCUGCAUUUCUGGAGUUUGAAAAUAUUUUUUUAUAUGUAAAUGUUCAUAACCUGUUCAAAUUUUUCUCUGAUAAAAUUCUGAUAAAUAGUCAUACAAGCCUCAUUUAUUUGACUAUUUAUUAUAUAUUGCUAGGCAAAUUGCAUUUGAUCAGACUUAAUUAACGAAAUAAUAAUAUAAAAAUAAAAUUAAAAAUGUUUCAAAAAACAUUUGUAGAGAAAAAAGUAUUGUUGAUUGCUAAUUGUUUUAUUUUAAGAGCGCACAAAAUGACACGAAAAUCACUGCUUCAGUAUCUAAUCUAUCCAGUGUCUGUAUAAAUGCUAUGUGCAGUGCAAAUACUUAAUUAUAAUGAAUAUUCAUGAUUAAUGGUGAUUAAAAUUAUGAGAUGAUUAUAACAAAAA